AGGGGUGUACUCACUUUUGUGAUACACUGUAACUAUCUAGGAAUGCAACAAACAAAAUGUCUUAAGACCACUCAACAUGGUCUGUUUAAAUAAAUUAAAUACAACUGCAAAAGCAUCUUAGUUAGGGAAUACCAAAAAUAAUUAAAAAUGGAACCUUCCUUCAGUUAAAACACUACUGCUUUUGUCCACAAACACAACCAAACUUAACAAAAAAAAAAAAAAAGUUCUAACUCUGCAGAAUUAGUGGUGUGUUCCCCACCUCCGCAACAUUGACAUCCUUUUACAUUACCUAACAUGGUUGCUGUUGGCCGAAAUAAAAUUCAAAUACCCCUCGUCUUCAAAGGGGGCGGAGGAGGCGGCAUGUUGUCGACAUGUAUUUCUGUCUGGGCUGUGAGUGCAUGGGGGUGGGGGGGUCAUGUCAUCAGCCAAUCAAACGUGUUUGAGGGAAAAAUGGACUGGCACAUUCAGCAAGUGAAAAGGUAAAUGUCAGCCUGAACAUAAUGAAAGUAAUUCACUUAGUAGGGUCAAUUCUAUUCUACCUCUUAAUCAAACUCUAUCUCAUGAUAUUAUAAUGCCAAUAAGGUUGCUUAAAAGUUGGUGGGGACAAUUUGACCAUCCUGAAAAGCUGGUAGCGUCAUGUCACUACAAUCCCAAUGCAAAUCUACGCCCUUGGUUUGAACCCCAAAAAGUCGCUAGGAUCGUCCGAGAUAGCUUUGUUUUUAUGUUAGAUGAUAUAAAUUGCGGGGAGAAAUUAUCUUUGGAAGUACAAGCAAAAAUUUUAAAUUGCUGUUGGAAAAUUCCUCGCAACACUAUUGAAAAGUUGUCUGAAAAAAAUAGAGCGACCUCUGUGUUUUUGUUGUUGUUUAUUUUAGUGUAGCAAAGUUUAAACAAGUUUGAGAAAUGACGUAAUCUAUGGAAAAAUACACGCGCCUUUGACAAUAAUGUUAAAAGUUACUGAAAACCCCCGACGCAAAAUGGCCGAUGAGUGAUGACGCCCGUCCCCGUUGGUUCACCGAGCGCAAAUCAUCUAGCCUUAUGUGCAGUCUUGUUGGUUCUGUGUGAUUGACGCUGCGCUCUAAUUGGCUCAAUUAUCGAUGACGCAAUUUCCGCUAUGGCGUCACUUCCGAUAAAGGGUUUAGAGGAAAAACAAAAAUAUAUAAGCUAGCAAGUAGAAAUUUAGCAAGACGCUCAAACGUAGCGUAAAUGGCAAACAAAGCGAAGCGAUGAAAUAACCAACGAGGUUUCAUUUUCUCCUGCGUCAUGAAUUUAAGGGGACUGUUUCAGGAUUUUAAUCCCAGCAAGUUCCUCAUCUACUUAUGUCUACUGCUGUUCUCCGUAUUGCUGUCACUGAGGCUGGAUGGUGUUAUCCAGUGGAGCUACUGGGCAGUCUUCACGCCGAUAUGGCUAUGGAAGCUGCUUGUCAUCGUCGGGGCAUCGGUGGGCACUGGAGUGUGGGCGCACAACCCCCAGUACAGGGCUGAAGGUGAAACCUGCGUGGAGUUCAAGGCCAUGCUGAUCGCCGUGGGGCUUCACGUCCUCUUGCUAAUGUUCGAGGUGUUGGUGUGCGACCGCGUGGCGAGAGGAAGCGGCAACUACUUCUGGCUACUCGUUUUCAUGCCACUCUUCUUUGUCUCGCCCGUUUCGGUGGCGGCGUGCGUCUGGGGUUUCAGACACGACCGCUCCCUGGAGCUUGAGGUUUUCUGUUCGGUGAACAUACUGCAGUUCAUCUUCAUUGCUCUGAGGCUGGACCGGAUCAUCAACUGGCCUUGGCUGGUUGUGUGCGUGCCACUGUGGAUCCUUAUGUCCUUCUUGUGCCUGGUGGUCCUCUACUACAUCAUCUGGUCGGUCCUUUUCCUCCGCUCCAUCGACAUCAUUGCCGAGCAGCGGCGGACUCACAUCACCAUGGCGAUCAGCUGGAUGACCAUUGUGGUUCCGCUGCUCACCUUCGAGAUCCUGCUCGUACACAAGCUGGACGGGCACAACAGUCUGAGCUUCGUAUGCGUCUUCGUGCCGCUGUGGCUUUCGCUACUUACGCUCAUGGUCACGACCUUCGGCCAGAAAGGGGGAAACCACUGGUGGUUUGGAAUCCGCAAGGACUUCUGCCACUUCCUGCUGGAACUCCUACCCUUCCUGCGAGAAUACGGCAACGUGUCUUACGACCUCCAACGCAGCGAUGACCACGAGGCCGCCGAGGACCCUCCCGCCGUCCCCGAACCGCCGCCCAAGAUCGCCCCCAUGUUCCACAAAAAAACCGGCGUGGUGAUCACGCAGAGUCCCGGCAAAUAUUUUGUCCCGCCGCCCAAACUUUGCAUAGACAUGCCCGACUAGACCAGCGCGAACUCUGCCUUUAGAGCCGCCGCUAGACCGAACCGAGUGGAAUCCCGCGACGUCCGGUGCACCGCGUGUAGGUGUUUUAUAGGGACUAAAAAGGACGCCGCCUCACUCUGCGAUGGGACCAGCAGGCAGGACGCGGGCUUCGUUACGGCCUCGGACUUUCAAAGUUGAGGUGUCAAGUGGUACCUCGUUCUCCUUGUUGUUGCCGUAAGGUCAACCUUUGACCUUUGAAUCCUUCGUUUAACAUACACUACUUUCAAAACGUCAGAGAAAAUUUGCUAUCAUUGUUUUUCCUAACAAAAGUAAAAACUGAGUUAAUUGCGCACUGACCAAACAAAUGGAAAAUGCACUUCGGAGUUUAGGAAGGUCCUGCUUUUUGUUCCCUCUCCAACCGUCUUGUAAAACAACCAAUUUAUCAUUAGGGACCAGUGAGAAAUCCGCUUUCAAUUGAUCAAUAUAGACCCUACCCACGUGACGUCACAACUCCGCUCUCCUGACUGGUGCCGCCCACUUGUCCGGCAACACAUCGUGUUGACCUGUUACGGCUACGUACAUUCCUCCUAUUUACGACGUGUUUUUCUGCUCGUUAACAUUAAUAAUCAAAAUGGUGAAGGCGUGUGUGGCGGUCGGUUGCAAUGACAUAGAAGAUAGACGGAGAGACUUGAAGUUCUACCGGAUUCCGAGAGACACGGAGAGAGCGAGAUGGGCUGCUGCAAUUCGACGAGAAAACUGGGCUCCAAACGAUUACCACAGAUUAUGUAGUAGUCAUUUUAUAUCUGGUAAGAUGCAUUUAUAUAUAUAUUUAGAGGGUUUUGGGCUGACAACCACAAUUAAGAUCAUUGCUAGGCUAAUCGUCGACAACAUACACGUAUGUAUGUAGUGAGUGCUAUCGCUAAACCAUAUAAACAUUAAAAGCCCUAGCUCCAUUGACAAAUGACAUGAAAUACAUUAGACUUGACAGUGGAUGUUAGCAAGAACAAAAGAUUUUGAAUUGAAAAUUUCGUAACUCACCUUCCGAGCACAAGAUUCCUGCCGAAUUUUCGUGUACGAGGACCUGUUUCACCCAACCAGCAAUGUAGCAUUUAUAAGCCUCCAAGCUCUUAAAGUUUUUCAAACUUUCGUGAGAAUAGGCUGAUUUUGUGUGGACAAGAUAGUUGUAAAUAUCAGGGUCAUGCAGAGACUGUGAAGGCAGCCAGUCAAAAAUCAUCGAUUUAGGCAUCAAAUAUGGAUCUGGCGACUGUAUAGAACGAAGCUUUUCCACAUAACGCCUUUUAUGCAACACAUCCAGUGAGUUUACGGCAUCAGAAAGCACCGGGUCUUCCAUGAAAUGCAUUUUAAAUUCCUCGAUCAAUUGAAACCAAUGCUAAUACAGAGACAAAAUGACGGACAAGUGGGCGGAACCAUACAGCGAGCACGUGGUUUUAUGACGUCGGUGGGUAGGCUCUAUAAAGAAGUGUAGAAUCGUUGUCAUUCUUUGGAUUGAGCAACUUUCAAUGGUUUAGGUGCAAAUGUACAUAAGCGCUAACGUGAUCUGUUGGCAACUUUCUGCAUCAGCUGAAAAUCACACAAAAAAAAAAGUUUUUUUUUUUUUUAACCAGAUUUGACAUUCAAAUGCCAGCCUUAUAGUCUUGAGAGCGCUUUAACGGCUGUUGGUUAGGAGACUAAACUGUACAUAGGUGAAAAUGCUUGUGUGAAUGUUUUUUUGUUGUUGUUGAUGUAAUGGAUGGAUGGACACUGUAUAUAAAAGUUUGACACAUCCUUGUGUGAAUGGCAGUUAUUGCGUGAAUUCAUUGCCAAUUCUUGUUUCUGGUUUUGCUAUGUACUGAAUUUUUUUGGGUACAAUUUGUUACUUUUUUAAUUUGGGGUGACCGUGGCAGUAUCACCGCCAACCACGAGAUUGUGGCUUGUGCAUUGAUUUGACUUGUUUUGUCAUAAAAUAUGUAUUCGGUGGAAUAAAAGUUGGAAA